AGAGGGGAUUUUCUAUAAAAAAUAUACGUAUUAUUCAGCUAUUGCAAGAUGUUAAACAGCUCCAGUUAUGAUACGGUUAUAAUAGUUGUUCUCUUUAAACUACAUGCCAAAAUUCAACAGUUUAAGGAAAAGGAACAAUGUGUAUUAGAGGCAGAAGUAAACAGGCGUAGGGAAUGGAGAAAUAUUGAAUCCCCUAAAACAGGAACAGUUUCUGCUUCCCUUGCACAAAUCUACACAUAUGAUUCAACAACACUUCGCCCCACACCCUCUUUCGCAAUCUUGUGUAAGGGAGCCUCAAGGAGUCUUAAACAGCAUUUCUGAUAUUAUAGCUAGAACUCGCCUUCCCCUGCAGUAUUGGGUUACACCCCUCCUCACCCAAUCACAGCACUCCCCAAAAUCCUCCUGCCCUCUCCCCUCUAUAAGAACCCCGGUCCUCCCAGUCUGGCAGACACCUCUCCCUCUCUUUGGCGCACGAGAUUUACCGUAAUACCAGCCCACUCCCCCUUUCAGGCCACACUUCUUAUUACCUGUCGUGUUUGUUGAUGUUGUAGCCAGUUUCCUGAAUUUGGGUCAGGGGUUAUUACGCUCCCACAGACCAUAUACACGUUUUGGAAGAGACGAUGCGGGAAGAGGACUCCUCUCCAAUGGACAGUGCGGGAAACAGCGAGGAGGAGACCGACCGUGAGCUGCCCAGGAGAGGCGCGAGGAAGCGGCGAGCAACACGGAGGCGCGCAGAUGACAAGGUUGAAGAGGAGGGAGACUUGGAGAGUCCGAGCAUGGAGACCGGGAAGAAGAAAUGCAGAAAGAGCUGCGAAGGAGGAGGCGGCAGCGCGGGGAGCGGCGACAGCGAGGCCAGCAGCAGCAGCAGCAGCCCCGAGCCCUCCUUCGAUGACCUACACACACAGCGCGUGGUGGCCAACAUCCGCGAGCGCCAACGAACGCAGUCCCUGAACGAGGCGUUCACGUCGUUGCGUAAGAUCGUUCCAACCCUCCCGUCAGACAAACUCAGCAAGAUCCAGACACUAAAGCUGGCGUCCCGGUACAUCGACUUCCUGUGCCAAGUUCUGCAGAGCGACGAGCUGGACGCGCGAGCCACCAGUUGCAGCUACGUGGCGCACGAGCGUCUGAGCUACGCGUUCUCGGUCUGGAGAAUGGGGGGCUCGUGGUCCUUGUCUACUACUACCACUACUACGACGUCCCACUAGCAGGGCUGCUGUGGAUGGUACAGCACGAAUAUCCAGAGUGCAGAACCAGUGGAUCAGGCCGACCCUUCAGAUAGACUGAAACAGGCUGAACACAGAUGACGGGCCUGCCGCUGUGGGCCUCGGAGGAGAGUGGGCUUUUCAUAUUCCCUGCUGCAAGGACUGUAAUGUUUGCAAGGGAGCACUUAGGACAGACAGGACGGAUAUGAAGAAAGAAAGACCACUGCGACCAUGAAUGUUGUAAAAACAGAAAGUGAUUUCUGAGGAGCCACUCUGUUUUGAAACAUGAGAGAAAAAUGACAAUUCAUUCCCUGUGACAGUGUUUCACAGCAAAUGAAGUACUCUGUAUUUAUUUUUCUACAGAGGCUCGACAUUCCUUUUUCUUCCACUCAAAUAAAAGUUAUUUAUUUUUGGGAUAUCCCAGAAUGCUGAAUGGAUCAGAAAUCUGCGCAUUUUGAGUGUUGUAAAUAUUUGCUAAUAUCUUGAAUAAAAAAAAUGACAGUAUCAUUCUUACCUUUCAA